GCAUAAUCAUCUAUUGAAAAGACAAUGUCUGAUAGACUGGUCUCUUUAUUGAAAUGGGUUUCUGACAACGGUGCCAAGAUCUCUCCUUCACUUGAAUUCAGAGAUACAGCAGAUGGUAUUUCCUGCUUUGCUACCUCAUCGCCUGAAGGUGAUGAGCUCUUCACUGUCCCACAAGUGCUUGCCAUCACGCCUGUUUUGGCUUCUGAUGCGCUUGGAAUUCAAUUGAAAGGAAACAGAAAUUCCCUCACGCAACUCCUUCUCGCAAAGCUUCGUUUCCAUGAUGAAGAGACUUCUGUUAAUGGUCGGGAUCUAAAGAGCUUCUUCAAACCAUAUCUCGACAUUCUUCCAACCUCUGAAGAAACUAGAAGCCCAUAUUUUUGGGGAGUUGAGAGAGAGCUGCUCAAAGGAACUGACGCUGAUGUUGCCGUGGAUAAGGCCAUUAUGAACCAUUUAGAGGAAUGGUAUUCUGUGGUUCAAAAACUCGACACCAAGUUAAGACCUUCGACUUAUUCCGAAGAGAUUGAAUUUUAUUCAACUUUGAAGACUUCAAAGCCAAAACAUUUUGCGGCUUAUUUCAACAAUCCUACAAGUUGGAUGUCAUUUCCUGCUUAUCUAUGGUCGUGUGCCAUCUUCAACUCCCGUGCUUUUCCUUUUAUUCUGAAUUCCUCGAAGGCACAGGAUCUCAAUGAGGCAUUCUUGUUGCCUGUCUUUGAUCUUCUUAACCAUAACAAUCAAAAGGCUGAAGUGAAAUGGGAAUUUGAGAAUAACCAGUACAUCUUCAAGACAAAGCAGGUGUUGGAGCAAGGAUCCGAGGUCUUCAACAGUUACGGACCAAAGACCCACGAGGAGUUAUUGUUAAACUACGGUUUUGUCCUUGAGGAUAAUCCUGAUGAUAAGGCUAAUAUCUCAUUGCGAAUUCCAGAAGAUGAGGUUGAAAAUGCAAUAAAAUUUGGGGUUGACAUUCAAGGACAUGAAGUCUCGUUCGAAAUAACUAAGCAGAACCCAUUGCCGGAGUCCCUUGUUGUUUUGUUCUGUUUCCUCCUGAAGAAUUCAUCUGAAAGUGUGAUAACUUUGAGAAAUAAGCUUGAAGGUUUGAAGUAUCUCUCUAGUAUCCUACAACAGAAACUUGAUGGGUUGAAGCCUGUUAAAGUUGAUGGUUCUAUUGAUUCAAGGGUUGUUAAGAAUACAAAGAUCUACAGAAACGCUCAUAAGCAAUUUUUCCAAUUAUGUUACGAGAAAUGUACUUCUCUGGAGAAGCAAAUGUUGAAAGAGUACAAGCCGUUAUCGUUCAAAACUAUCUUCAAAACUGACAAAGCAUUUGCAAACGCAUUGCUCCUGAUCUUUGGGAUCACAUCAUAUGAGCAGUUGAGCAAGACUGACGAUUUGGACAGAGUCAUUAUCCUAUGGCUCAUCAGAUGUGGUAACAAAAAGGCGUAUAAUGAGAAGAACCUUUUCCCAGAUUUUAUUCUUGACACUUAUCAAGAAGUUUCAAAGACUGUUACUGUUACCAGAAAGGACAUCCAAGAUAACAUACCUAUAUAUAAGGCGCUUUUCCCAACUAUUGCUGAUAAAGUCCCAGAAGUUUUCGGUAAAGGUGAUUGGAGCAUCAAACAGUUCGUCAUCGCAGAAGAAGUUCGUGACAAACUCUGCUUCGAAAGAAAAACAAGCCGUGAAGUCCUAUUUCUACAGAAUAUCAGAGUCUAAAGCUAAUCACAGUAAUAUAGACAUACACCUGUUUAUUUAGGUAUCUUACUCAAAAAGUUCAUCCUCCUCUUCCUCU